CUUGGAAGGGCCAACAUCCUGCUCCUGCGGGGCGGGACCAGCUCUGUGACAGACAGGCCUCCCGACCAACCAAAACUCAGAUCCCACCGGAACUCCGCCAAUCCUCGCAUCCAGGGCGGGGUCAGGGGGUCCAAACCACACGGAGAGAGGGAGAGAGAGAGUGUCCCCCCAAAACUGACAUGUAGACUGCGGAGGACUCCGAGAGACUGGGGUGCCAAGAGGAGGGAUACAAGUCCGAGCUGGACUCAGAGACGCUUCGGAACCACUCGGACCCGGCUCCGGGGACAUGCAGCUGCAGAACCGGGAGGAAACCCUGAGUCUGUGAGGCUGAGAGCCGCCGAGGCUCCGCUUGUUUCCCGGGACCAGCAGCCGAGCAGCCGGGCUCGCUUCCCCGCUCCGACCCGCAGCCAGAGCCCGCCCGAUGUGCGACCUGCUGCCGGCCCCCCUGCCGGGCCCCCAGCCCGCCGAGAAGAGGGGCAAGAUGAAGAAGUUGAGGAGAACUUUGUCGGAGAGUUUCAGGAGUAUCGCCUUCAAGAAGGAGGACAGCAGCUUUGAUGAGAUAUGUGUCACAAAGAUGUCCACACGCGGCUGCCAGGGAUCCGACUCUGUCAUCAAGCCCCUGGACACCAUCCCUGAGGACAAGAAGGUCAGAGUUCAGCGCACGCAGAGUGGCUUCGACCCCUUUGAGAAGCCCACCAGUCAGGUGAAGAGGGUCCAUUCUGAGAACAAUGCCUGCAUUAACGCCAAGAGCUCAUCAGCCAGCAAAGAGUCGCCCAAACUACGCCGGCAUUCCAGUCCGAGUUCUCCAACAAGCCCCAAGUUUGGAAAAGCAGAUUCUUAUGAGAAGCUUGAAAAGCUGGGAGAGGGAUCAUAUGCCACAGUUUACAAAGGAAAGAGCAAGGUGAACGGCAAGCUGGUGGCUCUGAAAGUCAUCCGCCUGCAGGAGGAGGAGGGAACACCCUUCACCGCCAUCAGAGAAGCAUCACUUCUGAAAGGCCUGAAGCAUGCUAACAUUGUCCUCCUCCAUGACAUCAUCCACACCAAGGAGACCCUGACUCUGGUCUUUGAAUAUGUGCACACAGACCUGUGUCAGUACAUGGACAAACAUCCCGGGGGGCUCCAUCCUGACAAUGUGAAGCUCUUCCUCUUCCAGCUGCUGAGAGGCCUGUCUUACAUCCAUCAGAGGUACAUCCUCCACCGUGACCUGAAACCACAGAAUCUUCUCAUCAGUGACACCGGAGAGCUCAAACUGGCUGAUUUUGGCCUCGCGAGGGCCAAAUCCGUCCCCAGCCAUACCUACUCUAACGAGGUGGUGACCCUGUGGUACCGGCCUCCAGAUGUUCUGCUGGGAUCCACUGACUACUCCACCUGCCUGGACAUGUGGGGGGUGGGCUGCAUUUUCAUUGAGAUGAUCCAAGGAGUGGCUGCCUUUCCUGGCAUGAAGGACAUCCAGGACCAGCUGGAGCGGAUAUUCCUGGUUCUGGGAACUCCCUCUGAGGACACGUGGCCUGGUGUUAACUCUUUGCCUCACUUUAAACCAGACAGAUUCACCGUCUACAGCCCCAAGAAGCUCCGACAAGCUUGGAACAAGCUGGGCUACGUGGACCAUGCUGAGGAGUUGGCCUCCAGGUUCCUCCAGUGCUUCCCAAAGAACCGGCUGUCAGCACAGGCAGCGCUGAACCAUGAAUACUUCAGCAACCUUCCUCCACGGCUCUGGGAGCUUCAGGACAUGUCUUCUAUCUUCACCGUACCAAAUGUCAAGCUGCAGACAGAGAGCGGCGACAGCAUCCAGGUGUGUUCACGAAAGAACAGCCAGGGAAAGGCUUCAUCUGGGAGCAAACACUGACCUGAGGCGGCAUCCUGCGCACGACUGCCUGACAGGUGGCUGAUGUGKGCAAAAACACCAUGAAUACAAAGACGCUGACAUCCAGAGGAUUCCCACUUCUCUUUAUUUAUUACUUUCAGAAUGUGUGGGUGUGUGUGUGUACGGAAGUGAAUAAGCAUUGGGCAUGUGUGCAUCCUGAACGGUACCUAAGAUUCCAAACUAUUAUUUACACAUUUUGUUUACUUUUUCUAAGGUUCCAAUAAUAAGUUCUGCUGGUCAUUAGAGCAGGAGGACUUUAUCGCAAGUAGAGGUCUCUGCAGMGAAGAAGUGCGAGUUUCUUGCGUGUGGGCAAAUUUUGGGUAAACUAUGAUUGGUUGGAUGGAUUUGUGGGCAUGGUUUGUGUAAAACGUGAUUAGUUGGUUUUAUAUGUGGGUGUGGUUCGGGUACACCACGAUAGGUUUGAUGGACUUGUGGGCGUGGUUUAGGCACACAGCGAUAGGUUGAAUGGAUUUGUGGGUGUGGUUUGGAUAAACUUKAAUUGGUUGGAUGGACURGUGGGCGUGGUUUGGUGCACUGUGAUUGGUUGGAUGGACUUGUGGGCGUGGUUUGGGUAAAUAGCGAUUAAUCGGAUUAACGUGGGAUUGCUAACUUUACAAAUAUUAGUUUAUUUAAUCACAACUCAAGACGUGAAGGUUGUAGGUGCAUGAAAUAAAGGAGGGAUGCGUAACAAUUAGGUUCAGUCAAACCAUCCUAACCUGCCUGGAAAAAYAUUAGUUUCAAAUAUGAAUAUUAAUAUAAGUCAUAAAUUUAGACAGAAACAUGCUAGCCGCACCAAAUUUGCAAUCAUGUUCACAAUAAUUUUACCAUUACUAGUACUUUAUCUUUUAACUUCCCCCCACAAGUCCAUCCAACCAAUCACGGUUUACACAAACCACGCCCACAUCCCAAUCCGACCAAUCACAGCUUACCCAACUGGGCACACACCCAAGAAACUCCCACUUAUUGACUGCAGAGACCCCCUUCUCCUUUAUUGUUGGUUCUAUUGUGUUCUGUGUUUGUAACCAGAAUCCUAUUUAAGAAUGUAUAUUUGUAUGUAUGAUAUACUCAUCCCAAACUUAUAUAAUGGACACCUCUGUAUUGCUUUAGCCAAGACACAUUUCGCAACAAACACACACACAUACACACACAMACAGUGCAGUUGGAUUAAACCCUACAGAAAGGUUUUACAUUUUCUUUCAUUUCAGCUCAGAUUUGUGGAACUGUAGAAACCAGCAGGACAAUAAAAAACGUUGAUGAGGAGGUUGAGGAUGAUGAUGAGAAUGCAGCACAUCCUCUGUUGGCCGUAUUGGAGGUCCUCUGUCUUUGGUAGCUUUUAAAACCCAGCUGGGGWUUUGUUAGUUGUUUUAUUUUUAGGGAACAUUUUGAACAACAGUAAUAUUUUGGUCUUUUUAAAAUUUAAUGAUAUGCUAAAGAUUAAAACAAUUUGAUAAACAUAAUUACGUAUAAAAAAUAAAAUAUUCUUAGCAAAAACUGGUUCUUGUUUCAAUGUUGAGGUUUAGGCUUCAUCCACAUGGGAAAGAUCAACCAAAAAAAAACAUCUUCCUUCUUUCCCUGAUUGUCUACAUUUGGACGGCACCUAAUUAUUUUCUAACUUUUGCAUAAAAUGAUCAAAGAUGGGUAACAGACACAUUUACUGCUGAAGUGGGUUUUGCCUGAACUUUGACCAAAAAAAGGUCAUUUCUGUAGAAAACUGCUGCUGAUCAGUGGACCUCCAUGAUGGUACCAGAUGUGAAUAACAUGGAUUUUUUUAUGUUGUGACUCAAAGCUUUUAUAACUGAAACAKUUUCAGCUGAAAAUAUUGACCGCACAUGAAGAAAGCAUCUAAAUGCAAUAUUGGAUUUGACCACAGCUGUGUCAGCUGUGUGAAUUAACAACACGUGGGCAAUAGCUCAGAAAUUGUGCUUCCAUCUAAGAAUACGAACUAAUGUACAUAAAGGUAAACCACCAAGGCAAUAGGCUGUGAAGGUCUCUGGAUGGUCCUGAUGCAGCCCAGGACAACCCACCUUUGUGUCAGACAGGACCAGGAUCAACAACGGCAACUAUUUGUUCAACUCCUGAGUCAAACAUUGUGACCAUUUGAGUUUCUUUCUUCUGACAAACAGCUGUAAGGAUGAGUGUUUGUGCAGAAGUCUCUGUACGUCCAACAUGGACUCUCGGGCAGAGAUUUGUUGUCACUGAGCUGUGACUGCUGGAGACCCGCUGGCCAACAGGAUCAACUUGUUCAGGUCU